GUUUUUUUAUUUCCUUCUUUCACUCUCUUUUUUCUUCUCUUUCUUGCAAGUUCUUCACAACAAGUAAAGAAACUUCUGUUGGAAAAACAAUAAAGAGAUAAACGCGACCCUUUCCCCCCUUUUUAUUUGUUUAAAUAAUUACACGACAAGGAGCUUUUCUUCUCUAUCUUUAGGCAAUGAUAAUUUUAUGGCAGACCUCAAGGAGGGGUCUGUCUCUCUUGUAUUUAUUCAUCUUCUUAUUGACGUUAUGGGAAGGAGUUUUGGCUCAAACUGUUCAAAAAACAGGAUUUGAGAGAACACCCAACAAGUUUUUUUAUUUUAAGGAUUCACAAGUUAUUCUUUGGCUUGAUUCCACUUCACAUACCCUUUACCGUUCAGAAAACCAAGGAAAACAAUGGAACAAAGUGAAUGAUAUUGCGCAGGAUGAAGCCAGCUUCUUGUACGAACAUCCUUUUGAUAACAACAGGGCUUAUGUUUUAGGUAAAAGCAGAAGACACUGGAAGACAACAGAUAAAGGAAAAACUUGGCAAGAAUUUUCGACACCCGUUGAGCCCGCAGCUGUUAGUCCUCACUUAUCUUUUCAUGCUGAUCGUCCUAGCUAUAUCUUAUUUAACGGUUUCCGAUGCAAGCUGGGAUCAUGGACCGGUGUCGAUUGUCAUGAAGAAACCCAUUACACGCUCAACAAUUUUGAGGAACUUACUCUGUUACGUACACAUACUACCUCUUGCAUCUGGAGUGUGUCUAGUUCACAGUUUGAUAACGCACCAACAAAGGAGAUCAUGUGUGUUGAGUCACCUCAAAAGACUGGUUUCACAAGCACCUUGAAUCCCGACGAACUUCGGUUGAUCCAGACAGAAGACUUUUUCCGAACAGAAAAAGUAGUUGAUUUCAACACCGGAAAAGAAAUCAAGGGUGUCAUUGCGGUUAGCACUAUCAACCGUUACAUUAUUGCUGUAGUGAAACCAUCACCCAAUAAGCCCGACAUGGUUUUCUAUAUUUCAUUGGAUGGCGAGAACUGGCAUGAAGCGGUUUUCCCUGAUGGCGCUAAUUUACAUGAAAAGUCAUUCACGAUCAUUGAAGGACCUGGCCCUGCUUUAAUGGUAGAUGUACUGGGUGGUGGUACUAAUCAGUUUGGUUCUAUGUAUAAAUCCAACUCAAAUGGUACUUAUUUCGUCAAGAGUUUGGAGCACACCAACAGAAAUGGUAUGGGCUAUAUUGACUUUGAGCGCAUCCAAGGUGUCGAGGGUAUUUUGAUUGCCAAUGUGAUUGUGAAUCCAAAAGAUGUUGAAUCACAAAGUGCCAGCAAAGAUGUCCGUACGCGUAUGAGUUUUGAUGAUGGUGCUAGUUGGAAAGAACUCACAAAUGUCAAAGAUAUGAAUGGAAACGCUAUGCGAUGUAACGAAAGAGACUGUUCUCUUCAUUUACACUCUGUCACUUCAAAUCAUAACUAUGGCCAAGUGUCCUCUGCUGAAUCUGCUAUCGGUGUCAUGAUGGGUGUUGGUAAUUAUGGAAGCAGUCUUUUAGAAUACGAUGAAUGCGAUACUUUCUUGUCUACUGAUUAUGGUCUCACUUGGAAGAUGAUACGAGAAGGGGCUCACAAGUAUGAAUUUGGCGACCAAGGCACCUUGUUGAUUAUUGUAGAUGAUGAGAAAGAUACAGAUCACAUUUGGUGGAGUAAGGACCGUGGUGAGACAUGGGAAAAACUCGACCUUGGUAUCUCUAUUCGUGCUAGAAUGCUUACAACAGAUCCAGAAUCCUCUUCUCGUAACUUUUUGUUGGUCGGUAGUUCUGUACGGUCUUCUUCUGAUACCAAAGUCCAAGCUAUUCAACUUGACUUUGCGAACAUCUUUUCUCGUCAAUGUGAACUCAAUACAAGCGACGAAAGCAGAAGUGAUUUUGAAAAGUUUGUAGCUCGCGACAUUACAGAUGGACCAGACUGUCUUAUGGGUCAUGAACAAAUCUUUUAUCGUCGUAAAGCCAACAGCCAAUGUUAUGUCGGACGUGAAUACCAAGAUCCUGUGGUCGAAUUAAAGGAUUGUGCUUGUACUCGAGCCGAUUAUGAAUGUGACUACAACUUCCUUCGCAAUCCAGAUGGCUCAUGUACUCGUAUCGGCCCUGAUCACAUUCCCAAUCACCUUUGCAAGUCUCAAGAUGAUACGUAUCCUGCAUCCAGCGGAUAUCGUCUGAUUCCCGGUAAUACUUGUGUUUUGGGUAACAACACGCCUCUUGAUGAACCCAAGAUGCGUAAGUGCAGUGAAAAUACAGCAGAUGCUAUCCGUCGACCUGUGCCUGGUGAUAUUUCAGCUAAGCCCUCAAGCGAUACCAUCUAUAGUAACAUGGUUGUGUUUGACGAAGAGAUUGAGCAGUUCAUCUAUUUCCGUGACUCUGAAGCUGUCUUGGUUCGUCUUCAAAAUGGUGAAUUAUGGCGAUCUGGCAACCAAGGCACCAAGUGGGAGUCUGUCUUGAAAGGAAACCGUGUGACAAACGUUGUCUUGCAUGAAUUUGACAAUAACCGUGCUUACGCAUUUUUAGAAGACGGUAUUCAUUUGACAGAAGACCAAGGUACUAACUGGCACACUAUCAAGUUACCUAUUGCCCCCAGUCGUCAAUCCAACAAUGUGUUGGAUUUCCAUCCUCAAGAAAGAGACUGGCUCUUGUUUGUUGGUCAAACCAAUGAUCCUGAACCUCAUUCUGAAGCUUUUAUCUCAAGAGACCAUGGACGUAGCUGGAAAUCGCUCGACAUGUACGUUGAAAAGUGUAUUUUUGGCCGUGAUUCCAAAUACGAAAUUGAAAAGGAAACCAUUUUCUGCUCUGCUCACGAUAAGAAGCAAAUCGGUGAGAAUGUGCGACUUGUACGCACUACAGAUUGGGGAAAUUCUGUGGAAACUUACUUUGAUCAUGUUGUUGAGUUCUUUGUUGUGGAAGAUUUCAUGGCCGUUGCCACAAGUAACCGUGGUGAUCUUACACUCUUUGUCAGCAUUAAUGGAAAGACGUUUGCUGAGGCUCAAUUCCCACCUGAUCAAUACAUUAAUCGCAACACAUUUACUGUGUUGCAAUCCACAACACAUGCCAUCUUGUUAAAUAUUUUUAAAUCGACAGGAUUCGGAACAGCUUACGGUGCUCUUUACAAGUCCAACGAAAACGGUACUUUUUACCACUUGUCUCUUGACAACACAAACGGUGAUGGUACCGGCUUUGUCGAUUUUGAAAAGUUUCAAAGUGUGGAUGGUAUCAUUUUGGCCAAUCAAGUCUGGAAUGCGGAUGAACUGGUCGGAUCUGGUACAAGCAAGAAAGUUCGAACUAUGAUCAGUUGGGACGACGGAGGAAGUUGGCAAGCUCUCUCUCCUCCUAAUGAAUUUGAUUGUGCCAGUAAAGAGUGCUCACUCAACCUUCAUAGCCGUACCGAUAUCCAUGGUCCUGGUGCUAUCUUUUCUUCAAGUGGUGCUCCUGGUCUUGCUAUGGGUGUAGGUAAUGUCGGGGCUUCUUUAAAUGCUUACACGGAAAGUGAUACAUUCUUGACACGGGAUGGUGGACAUACUUGGACCAUGAUCCAACAAGGCGAACACUUAUAUGAGUUUGGCGAUCAAGGCUCUAUUUUGGUCUUGGUGAGUGAUGAAACACCUACCAAUGAACUCUUGUAUUCUUGGGAUCAAGGCGAAACAUGGCAUUAUUAUCAGUUCCAUGAGCAAAAAGUACGUGUGACCACGUUGACCACAGAUCCCAAGUCUUCUACACUCAAGUUCAUCAUUAUUGGUCAUACGCGUGGUCUUGAACGAUCUCAAGUCAUUAUCACAGUUGACUUUUCAGGCACCCAACAGCGUAAAUGUGUGAUUGACAAGAACAAUAUUGAAAAGAGCGAUUUUGAGCGUUGGAUCGCCAAGGACGAUGAUGGUGAUGAUGCUUGUUUGUUGGGUAAAAAGACAGCUCACUGGCGUCGUAAGAAGGACCGUGCUUGCGUUGUUGGUGCUCAAUUCCAAGAGCCUGAAGUGGUGACUGAAAACUGUGAAUGCCGUGAUAUUGAUUUUGAAUGUGAGUUUGGUUUCUGGCGUAACGACAAGAAUGAAUGUGUCUUUAAGGGUCGUCAUCCUGACAGACCAUCUAAGUGUCCUGUUGGCAGCACAUUUAGAGGUCGCUCUGGCUACAAGAAGAAUACGAAAAGUACUUGUUCAGGUGGUCUCAAUCUUGAAGAUCAAAAGGAAUGGCCUUGUGGUGAGACGGGGGGUGUUCUUGCUAGCCAAACCGAGUUUACUUCUCGUGUGGUCGAUUACAUUUACUUUACAGACACAGAUCGUGUGGUUGUUCGAACUAUGGAUGGCAAAGUUUGGAAGAGCGAUAAUGAUGGCUUUAGCUGGAAGGAAUUGUUUACUGGCCACAAGAUUGUCUCGAUUUACCAAAAUCCACACUUUGAGCAAAUCGCAUUCUUUAUCACUGAGGGUACAACACAUUUUGUCACCAAUGAUAAGGCUUCUAGCUUUGAUGAAAUCAGAGCUCCUCUUCCACCCUUGAUCCAUCUUCAAGGCAACAUCAUGAACUUCCACAAUGAUGACCGCGAUUAUGUACUUUACAUGGGUGAAAAGAACUGUGAAGGCCUUGCUUCUGACUGUCAUUCUGAAGCCUUUUACUCUCGCGACAAUGGUCGCUCUUGGGCUUCUUUGGGUACUUACAUGCGUAACUGUAUCUGGGGCCGAGAAGGCGCGAUUCAGCAAACACACCGCAAUUCUAUUUAUUGUGAACAAUAUCGUGAACAAUCUGGAAAUCAACUUGCACUGUUUGGUAACCCAGUUCAAUUGAUUUCUUCUCAAAACUAUUUCCAUGACAAGCGUGUCAUUUUUGAAGAUAUUGUGGGUAUUACUGUCUUUGGCAAAUUUAUGGUGGUUGCUGCUGCGAGAAACGGUGGUGCUAACCUUCGCUUGCAUGUCAGUAUGGAUGGCGUCACUUUUGCUCCUGCUUCUUUCCCUGCCUCUUUUGAUUUGGCACCUGAAGCAUUUACUAUUAUGGAGUCUGUCAAUUCCUUAUGGAUUCAUGUCUCCACAAAUACACACAGAGGUAGCGAAUAUGGUACUAUCUUUACAUCCAACUCGAACGGUACUUAUUAUGUCACUUCCAUUGAAAAUGCCAACCGCAAUGAAAUGGGUAUUGUUGAUUUUGAGAAGAUGCAAGGUAUUGAAGGUAUUGCUAUCGCCAACAUUGUCAGUAAUCCUGGACAAGCCAAUAAGGGUGAUCCCAAGACACUUGUUACUCGUAAAACAGCCGAUGCAGGUGGUCACUGGACUAGCAUCACUCCUCCUUCCAAGGAUAGUUUGGGUCAAUCCUAUAACUGUCAAGGAUCUGAUUGCGGGUUGCAUUUGCAUUGUUAUUCUGAACGUCAAAACUCGAGAGACUUGUUUAGUUUAUCAAGCGCUGUUGGUUUGAUGGUUGGUGUAGGUAAUGUGGGCUCUAGUUUGACAGCUUAUCGUGAUGGUGAUAUGUUUUUGACGCGCGAUGCUGGUAAAACAUGGAACGAGAUCGCAAAAGGUGCUCAUUUAUGGGAAUUUGCUGAUCAAGGUGCUUUAUUAAUUUUGGUUGAUAAUGAACAACCCACCAAUACUGUCAAGUACACUAUAAAUGAAGGCCUUACAUGGAAUACAUUUGAGUUUGCCAAGCGGGGUGAAAAGGUCUUGAUUGAAGAUAUCAUUACUCAACCUGAUGGCACAAGUCAAAAAUAUGUCUUGUUUGGCACAAAGAAUGGCAAGACAACUGCCUAUCAUUUGGACUUUAGUUCUUUGCACCCUACCAAAUGUAAACUAGACUUGGAUCAUCCUAAUGAUGAUGACUUCGAGUUAUGGAGUCCUGAAGACACGCGUGGUGAAAAGUGUUUGUUUGGUAGAGAAACACAAUAUUUCCGUCGUAUUCAAGACCGCGAUUGCUAUAUUGGUGAAAAAUUAGUUCAGCCUAGAGAGAUCGUUCGCAACUGCAGCUGUACUGAAGAAGAUUAUGAAUGUGAUUUCAACUAUGUUCGUGAUGCCAACAACAGAUGUGUACUAGUCCCUGGUCUUUCUCCUUUGGUACCCACUUGCGAUGGUUCAAGAGAUUAUUAUUAUACACCUACAGGUUAUCGUAAGAUUGCAGCCUCUACAUGUGAAGGGGGUAAAGAACUUGAUAAGAUUGGUGCUGAGCAAAUGUGGUGCCCUGGGGCUAGUCGCUCAGGACAUGGUUGGGUUGCAAUCAUCUUUGCUCCCAUUAUUGCUGCUGGACUUGUGUUUGCCAUCUUGCAUUAUCGCAAACGCGGUGGCUCCUUUGGUCGCAUUCGACUUCCUGAUGGCACACAACAAAUGGGAUCCAACAUUUUAUCUAGUCCUAUUGUCACCAAGAUCGUUGCUGCUGCUUUUGUGGUUCCAGUAGCUAUUAUCAGCCUCCUGUCUCGUAUUGAAAUACCAAGAUCUCUAUCUGACUUGAACUUUGGUAAUUGGCGUUUACCUUCUUUUAUGUCAAGAAGACGUGGUUCUGGUUACACUGCUUUGGGACAGGAUGAGCAAACCGACGUAUUAUUGCAAGAUUAUGAUGGCUCGGAGGAGCACUUGAUUGACGAAGCAGAUGAAUUAGAUGAUGCCGAUGAAUUCUAAAACCAUUGUUUAUCAAAUGAACAAUGUUUUAUGUGUAUAUUUAUUAUAUAAAUGCUUUUUUUACACUAUCUUUAA